AUGGGUUCAGACACCGAGCGCUUUGGAGGGUUUGUCCAGGACAACCAGCCAGCUAUCGACGUUGAGGACCAGGGAAACGUCUCUGACGAUCCCUCGUGGGAGAAACACCAAGUAGUUGAUGCGACAAAAUUCUCGCCGAUGAGAAAAUUGCACAUUGUCAUUGCCGGAUUCACAUGUACAUUCAACGGAAACUUGGGCUCAUCGAUGCCCUCAGGCGCUCUCAACGCCAUUAGCGCCGAAUUUGGUGUAACCAACCGCGUUCAUCUCAUCCUCCUCAACUCACUCUUCAUGGUGGGCUACGUCAUUGGUCCUCUUGUCUUCGCUCCUCUCAGCGAAUAUAUCGGUCGCCGUCCAGUCCUCAUUGGAACGUUCCUCGGCUACCUCAUCUUCAUGCUCGCUUGCUCAGGGGCUCCCAACUACGCAGCGCUUCUGGUCUUCCGCUUGCUCUGCGGCAUCAACGCCGCUGCACCCACAAGUGUCCUCGGCGGGCUCUAUGCCGACAUCUUUGAUGACGCCUCCGUCCGAGGCAACGCCAUGGCUCUCUACAUGAGUGUGACGACCAUUGGACCCCUGAUUGGACCCAUCAUCUCGGGGUUCUCAUCACCAAUGUCGUGGCGUUGGCCGUUUUGGAUUGCUGGAAUGAUCGCUGCGCUGGGUUUGCCUCUAGUUCUCACCCUGCCGGAAACAUAUGCGCCGGUUCUCCACAACAAGGCCGUCAAGAAGACGAUCAAGAAGCAAGGUGUAGAUGACGAGAACAGGCAGCAACUUGAGCUGAAGCCGUUUGACGUCCAAAAGAUUUUCCUUCGCCCAGUGACGCUCCUUGUGACCGAGCCGAUCCUGUUUUGCACCUCUGCAUACCUUGCGUUGGCAUACUCUGUCUUUUACCUUAUGUUCCAAGCAUAUCCCGUCAUUUUCCAAGGGUUCUAUGGGCUUUCUCCCGCGAUGGCCGGUUUGGCCUUCAUUCCUCAGGCCGUUGGUGUAAUCAUCUCGCUUUUUUUCUUCGGUGCCUUCACUUGGUACCAUGAUCGUCAGAGCAAGGCUGGCGCGGAGUGGACGAAGAACGAAAUCUAUCGCAGACUGCCUCUCGCAUGCUUUGCCUCUCCCCUAAUGGUCAUCUCCCUCUUCUGGCUCGGUUGGACCGUAUGGCCGUCAACGUCUCCAAUCAUCCCAAUGCUGAGCGGCAUCUUCUUUGGCUGCGGAUUCCAACUCCUUUUCAUGGGCAUGAUCAACUAUUUGACGGACGUCUUCCGCCAGUACUCUGCGUCGGCACAUGCAGCCGCCAGCAUGACGCGAUCCAUCGGAGCCAUCACACUGCCCCUGGCAGCCAACAGCAUGUACACCAAUCUCGGGGUGCACUGGGCGCCUUCGGUAUUGGGUUUUAUCGCGCUGGCCAUGGGCGUGAUUCCCUUCAUCUUCAUCAGAUACGGUGACCGCCUGGCGCGCAGCAGCAGGACUGCGCGUGAGUUUAGCGAGGUUAAGAAUUGA